AUGCCCUCUUCUCACGCCGCCGGUGUGGCAACCAGCGGCAUCACCGUUCAGCCUCGUGAUGUGAUUGCCGUUCGCACCUCCCUCGGCGCGAACACGUGCCUCAUCGGUGUCGUCGCCUCCACUCCGAACGUCCAACUGCACGAUGGGACGGCGGCGGUGCUCGUGCAGCCGCGGCCGCUCAUUUUGGUGCCCUCCCAGCCCUCUCCCCAUCCACAGAACAAGAAGGCCAAGACGGUCAAACUCACUGGCCAGCUCGUCGACCGCACCGAUCCAGCAGCGGCACAGCUCAUCACCACGCCUAUCCCUUCUCGCAACCCAAGCAAGGUGGAGGUGGGGGCGGCGAGCGAUGAGGAGGCGCACAACAUCAUGACAGCCGAGGAGCUGCAGGAGAUGCGGGAGCAGCGGCGCGGUCUCCAGGCCGACCGCGACACCAGCGCAGCCCGCGUUAAGGAGAUCGACGAGAUUCUUCGUCAAUGGGAAACAAACAACAGCCAUCCAGCACCACCGCCACCACCACAGGUGUCGCCGUCGCAGCCCGUGACGACCCCGCCAAGCCCCACCCCCACCGCUCCCAAGUCAGCCGAAGACGCCGUCAAAGCUGCGGAGGCGACGGAGCGAGAACUGCUGCUUUCUCGAGCGGGUCUGCGCACCGUCAAGCCCGUCGCGUGGUCUGACCUGCAACGCCGCACCCGUCGCACCUCCGCGGCGUCGCUGGUGGGUCUGAUCGAGACCUGCGUCAUGCUGCUGCACGACCCGCAGGGUACGCAGUUCGAUGAGGCGGUGCAACUGGGCCCAGCACUGGGGAAGUGCCUGGCUACCGUCAAGCCGAAAGACGUGACAGACGACGAUCGCACGGAGGCGAGGAAGUUUCUGCAGGCGUGGCCGACGGUGGAGGCGGUGGAGAAGGAGCACAAGACGGCGGCGGCGUUGUACCGCUGGCUGACCGCCACGUUGAAGACCUCGCAGGCGCUCCGUGACGUGCAGGCGGCGCAGAAUCAGCUGACAGCGUCUCCGGCUUCGGAGGGCGUGGCUACCGCACCUUCUCCUUCCACGUCUCCCGACCCGACUGCGCGGAACGCAGACGCACUGACGCCUGAGGCAGAGAGUGCCCUGCGUAAGGAGCGCACGGAUCAGCUCGAGUACAUGCAAAUGGCGGAGGAGGAGAUUGCUGCGCUGGACGCGCUCAUCGCGGAGGGCAACGCGCUCGCCCUGCAGCAAUCCGCUUCCCUUCCCGCAGCGCUCGAGAAGACGACCAGCUUUCACGACGAUUUGCAGAGCAGUCAGACAAUUGUGCCGGCGCUGACGGUGCCGCUGUCGUGGUUUGUGUGCGUCUUUGCCCCGUCCGAUGCGCCGGACAUGGAGGCCUGCGCCGCCAAGCCGCGAGGCACCGCCGUCGCCUUCUCCCUGCCGGCGAGUCACCAACUCGUGGCGGUGGUGAGGGCGGCCACCACACCAGCAGCUCCUGCCACCACCACCACUACUGCCGCUUCAACAGGUGGCCGACGGAGCAGCGGUCCCGGCGCCCAAAGGCCGAGCGGCUCGGAGGCAUCCAGAGAGGUGCCGAGGGAUGCGGACCGGAACUCGGGACACAAUGGGGUGCCACGCACCACCGCCUCCUCACGCCACUCCAGCGGCAUCGUUGUCUCGCCUCGGCCUUCCGCGCCACGAGGACCGAGUCCGGCGGUGCACGACGCAGCAGCACCAGCAGCGUCACACCUAUCCAACAGUUUCAACGGAGAGCAAGCCGGCCCGGUCAGCCGGGAGGCGGAGCUGGAGGAAAAAGUGCGGAGGUUAGAGGGGCGACUCGCCGCCGCCCUGCAACAGAAUCCGAAAGAGGCCGAGGUGCAGCUCCUGCGCGAUGAGGUGGCCGCGAAGCGGGCGGACCUGCAACGGGUCACCGAGGAGCGCGACCGACUUCUCCUCGAGCGCCGCGAGAGGAGUAUGUGGGGGAGCUACGGAUCUGCGGCGCGACGCAAAGCUGUCGGAGGCGCCGCGGACGUAAACGAGGAUAGCGGGAGCGUCAGGGAGGCUUCACCGCUGCGGCAGCCAGGCUCUGGUCGCUACUCGCGUCAAAAAUCCUCGCCACGGGAGAUGGUGGACCGCAGCAUUGUGGAGGAGCUGGAGGAGCAACUCACGGCCGCCCAUCAGCGCAUCUCGGAGUUGCAAAUUGAAGCGAGUCAGUCACGGGCGCGGCCCUCCGGGUCGGUGGAGGUGUCCAACACCGCAGAGUCCGCUCCACCACCGCUGACGCCGCUUCUUGCCGGGAGAGAGGCAUCUGAGGCGUCCUUGAAGGCCGUCGCGGCCCCACCACCCGCCCGCACUGUGGCAAAGGAGUUGUAUGAUGCCCUCGAAGCCCGCCUCCAGUCCGUCUCCGCCGAGCUCGAGACGCAGCGGCAAGGAACGAGGCAGUUGGAGGAGCAGCUGAACAGCGCCUUGCAUCGCCGCACCGAAGCGGAAGCCAAGGUGGAUGCGCAGAAGCGUGAGCUGGAGGAGGUGUGGGAAAAGCUGGAAGCAGCGGAGGCCCGUGCGGAGGAGCAGAGUUUGCUGACGGAGCAGCACUUCCUCAUGUCGCAGGCACAGCAGAGCAUCUCCUCACAGCCACAACAACAACAGCAGCAGCAGCAGCAGCCACAAGCGCCGGCACAACCGCAAACCGUUGCCGCGUCCUCUGGGUCUACUACAGGCGGCUCUCACUCUUCCUUGCCGCAAGGGGCUCCUGGCGCGCCACCAGGACUGCCACGACCACAGGUGCCGUCCACCUCCAACUCAGGCCAGUCGGAGGCGUUCCACGGCUUCGUCGUACCUUCAUCUGGUGACCCCGAGACGAAGUCGCAGCAGAACGACGACGUGGUGACCGUCGCGACCGGCACCGCUAACGGAAACGGCUCUCGCCUCUCCUUCGACGCUCCGCAGCGCAGCACGAGCGCGGAAGUCCUGCCCAUCUUCAACGCCGGCCUUCGGGUGUCGUCCGACUCUGUCCUCCCCGGUGGCCCUACAGUCGUGGGGCCUCGUCUGCUCUGCAGUCUCGACCAGUGGAGCAGCUCAGUACAAUUGAGCUGCGGCACGAGGUCCACCGGCUGCGGGAGGAGGUGGAGCGACACCAAUCUGGUGAGCUCCGGCUUUCGAUGGAUCUGCAGACACUUCGCGAGAAGCAGAAGGCGGAGCACAAGCGGCGACGCGAUGCGCGCGUGGCGCGGAUGCAGAUGCUGA